UGGCCACUUAUGACGCAGUGGACAAGGCCAUCGCUCUGUCUGUUGGGGAGAUCCAAGCCCCCGACGAGGAGCCCACGACGCGUGGCUUCAGCUGGAGGACGUUGUGGGCGUAUGCAGGCCCGGGCUGGCUCAUGAGCAUCGCGUACGUGGAUCCCGGCAACUUGGAGAGCGACUUGCAAGCUGGUGCAUACGCUGGAUACCAGCUCACGUGGGUUUUGUUUGGUGCAACAGCAAUGGGUUUAUUUCUACAAGUGCUGGCUGCUCGUUUGGGUGUUGUCACGGGCAAGAACUUGGCUGAAAUGUGCACCGCGGUGUAUCCUCGCUGGGCAUCGUUGACGUUGUGGAUCAUGACGGAGAUUGCAAUUGUUGGGAGUGACAUUCAAGAAGUAUUGGGCUCAUCUAUUGCGUUCCAGGUUCUCUUUGGGUUCCCCCUCUGGAUAGGGUGUCUGAUUACGGGGUUCGACACCUUUACGUUCUUAUUACUGCAUCGUUACGGUAUCCGUAAGCUCGAAGCUUUUUUCGUGUCUUUAAUCAUCGUCAUGCUGGUGUGUUUCUGUGCCAACUUGGUACGCGGAGAAGUCGCAUCAGAAGAUGUUCUGCGUGGCUUCGUGCCUCGUGUGGAUCGCUACGCAGUGACACAAGCCGUGGGUAUCUUAGGUGCUGUAAUCAUGCCCCACAACAUCUUCCUGCACUCUGCACUGGUCCAAACUCGACAAGUGAAUCGACAUGACGGACGUAAGGUGCGUGAAGCCAAUAAGUACUUCGCAAUCGAGUCUGGCUUCGCAUUGUUAGUGUCCUUUCUCAUCAACUUAGCAGUGCUGGCAGUCUUCGCAAAGGGGUUCUUUUCUUCAGACUGUACAACGUCAUACGACACAAAUGGAGUCAACACAGCGUGCGUUCCAGGCGCGAUUGCCAGUGGAGAUACAUACGGCUAUUGUCAAUUGGCAAGCGGAGGAGAGGGAAUGUGCCAGGAGAUUGGCUUGUCUCAAGCCGGCGUUGCACUUAGCGGGAUGCUGGGUCAGUAUGCGGAUACUAUUUGGGCUAUCGGUCUAUUGGCGGCUGGACAAAGCUCCACGAUGACGGGAACGUACGCAGGUCAAUUCGUUAUGGAAGGCUUUUUGCAGCUCCACUUGUCACCGUGGAAGCGUGUGGCGUUGACUCGAUGUGUGUCUCUCGUUCCUGCCAUGACUGUAGCCAUCUUGAGUCAGCAAAACCCCGCAGACAGCGACCACAUGGACGAGUUACUCAACGUGUUACAGUCCAUCCAGUUGCCAUUCGCGUUGCUCCCAGUGCUGAUCUUCACCAGUUCUUCUGAAAUAAUGGGCGACUUCGCGAACAGUAAAGCUACAGUCGUGACGGGCUGGCUGCUUGGAGGGCUGGUGUGUGUGAUCAACUUGUACUUAUUGUUCACGAACCUCGAAGGACUCGCACUCGGUGGCAUUGGAAUCGUGGCGCUGGGAGGCACUUGCUGUCUGUACUUCGGCUUCUUAGGAUAUCUCGUCCGUGCCGACAUGACGCUGUCUGCUCAACGUGCACGCACUGCCUCCAGCUCACGACGCAUAUCGCAAGAUGUUGAGUGCUAGAAAUGCCACUAAAAACUGCAAUUUUAAUAGAGAAACGACGCUUUCUGCCUCUGUACGUGUAAUAAAUGAUAGGAA